AUGGUGACGAGUGAGCGGUGCCUAUGCUCGACCUGCUGCGUCCGAUGUUGGGGUAUGAACAUAAGAAUGAUCGGAGAUGAUUUAAGCGCGAGUGGAGAUGAUUCAAGAAUGAGUGAAGAUGAUUCAAACGCGUGUGGAGAUGGUUUAGGGGUGAGUGCAGAUGAUAAGAAUGAGUGAAGACGAUUUAUAGGCGAAUGGAUAUGAUUUAAGAAUGAGUGCAGAUGAUCUACGAGUGAGCGCUGGCUCGGCUAGACGCUCACUGGGCUUUUGGUGGAUGAAAGUGUGGGCGUCUCUGUCAAUUUGCUUCAGAAGAGAUAGAGAUGGAGUUAAUGGUAGCUGGGGAUCACGCGGAUGCAUCGUGGUACGUAACAAAGGUAGUAAGACGCUCGUAGGUAAAAGACACCAGGGAGACCUACGUGUGGUUAAGUUAAAUGGAGGGGAAAGACAAAAGGCAGACGUACGUGUGGUUAAAUUAAAUGGAGGUGAACGACAGAAGGAAGACGCACGUGUGGUUAAGUCAAAUGGAGGUGGAAGACACCAGAGAGACGUCCGUGUGGUUAAGUUAAAUAAUUCCGUUGUUUCGCAAGAGAAACGUCGUUUGCUGAGUCCGGAGACUGUGUACGCCCAUGUACUCGUACAAGAUGCGCCCACUUGUUGUGCAUAA